AUGGGUAAAAUUGGCGUUUGGAAGGCAUCUUAUUAUUGUAAUAAGACCAAAACAUGGAUCUAUGGCCGUUUGGUAAUCUACACUCGUUGUAUUCGCUUUGUGGAAGAAAAAGAGGGAAGAAAUUGCGUCGAUUUUCGAAUAUACUAUGACGAUUUCUUCGAGCUAAAAAAAGAAACUACAUCCAUAUUUUACGCGGCUAUAUCAGUCCGUGUUAACACUGAUAAAUAUUGGUUCUCGUCGUUUUCUGAUCGUGGAUAUGUUUUUAAUACAAUCGAACAUUUUUGGAAGGAAAGGUUAUUUGCGAGGUGCGUAGAAAUAUUCCAACCUCUACAUGUACAUGACACAAAAUACCAAUCGAUUUCAUGACGUAAUCAAUACUUUUGUAUGGGAAGUUUUACCACAAAAAUGCUCUUUCAUUUAAUUUUUCAGCUCUGAUGGUGAGGAACCACCUAACUCAAAACUCCUCAAUAUCCUAUACGAUGCACAGAGUACACUAACUUCGGUUGGGAAGAUUGUGCACAAACAGGGGCAGCAAAUUGACGCAGCUUGUUCCAACACAAACAAGAUUCACAAUGACCUGAGCGUGGCAGAGACUUUAAUUUACAAUCUAGAUUCCUGGUUAAACAAAUGGAACGUUGAAACUCCACAUGUGCACAUUGAUGUUCCAGAAAACAAUGCAAUGGUAAAGAAGUCUGAAUUCCCCAUUGUUUAUGCCAGGACACAGAAAGAAAAGCACUUACCCGGUAGUUUAGUUCUAUCAAAUGAAUCAGUGGAUAUUUUAACUGCGGAAAGAAAUUUUGAUAUCAGUUUUACUCUGAGGGAAAUCACUGAAAUCAGUGUUCACACACCAUGGGAGAUGACCAUAUUGCAGCUUAGGAUUGGUCAGACUGGACAGUCUGUGCAUCUCAUAGCAGCACGGUUAGUGCACAUUCUUCAAACACUUGAGGUUAUGUUGCCUGGGAAGGUAAACUAUGAGGAUCCACCAGGUGAAUUUGAAGAAGAUGCUGAGGAGAAGUUAGAUGGACUUGAUUUGCAAGGUGGGUGGAAUUCGUGGAAGGGUACACCUAGAAUGGCUGAUAUGGGGAAGCUCCACCCAAAAGGAGUACCUUUUUUCAAACUUCAGGAGUAUAAAAGGGUAGAGAUCUCGCUAGCUGAAGUAUUUCAAUAGGUAGAGACAUCUGUCAUUUUGGUCCGUAAAAAAAAGGCCCAAAAGGGCUAAAAGAUGCAUUUUAUUGGUUAGAAAAGUCGAGGAAAAUGCUUUGGUUUUGCUUUUUAUUCAUAUUUUAAAGAUAAUGCAAGUAUAACAAUUAAAAAGGGUAAAUGAUAAUAAUAAAUGUCUUUAUUGCUCAUUAGAUGAAAAUACAUAUCCAAUGUUACAGGAUAAAAAGAUGAACAGUUCAGCUAAAUUACAAUAGAAUAAAAAGAUUAAAAAAUGCAAAAAAAUAGUUACGGUACACAUGUCUGACAUAAAAUAUCAUAAAAGAUUGUAUGUAAAAAUUAAUCUAUUUACAAAUGUGUUCUUAUAACGUUCGGUGUUUAUCUUGGGCCUUUGGAAGCUUUUACGUCUAAGAUUGUAGGUUAGAUUCUUAAUUCUUUUCUUGUGGUAAGCACACCUUCAAAGGGUGGUCAUCAUGCUGUUUAGCUUUUUGAAAAAUCGCGUUAUCUUGUUUUUGUGGUAAUGAUCUAAGAUUUAACUGUGUAGAUAUAAAGCGUAACUUAUAGUGUCUGUCUAAAAAUUGCUGAAGAACAUUAAUUUCCAUAAUGGAGGCACCAUAAACAGAUAGUCCAUAGGUUAUGUUAGGGAAAACAAUACUAUAGAAGAGAUAAUCAAUUUCUGUCUGGCUAUAGCGCUCUUUUCUACAUACUCUCAGCACGUGUAGACAUUUGUUGGCCUUGCACAGUUUAGCUUUUAUGUGUGCAAGGCAACGAAUUCAGCAAAUGCAAAGUUCUAAACUAGAUUUGUAAAGGGCUAGCAUUGGUCAGUAGAAGGUAUUUGAAAGGAGUACCUUUUUUGCCAAAGCUGUAUAUAAAAGGUUAAGGGGUUGCACCUCAGGGCAGAGCCUCCCAAUAUAAAACUUUGUAAAAUACCCCCCACUCCCCUCCUCCCCCUUCAAGGGGGUAGAACUGCAGUUAUAUUGUUUCACUCAUUAGCAAAUUAAGUAAUGGAAUGUUUCUUUUUUCCAAUAACCUGAUUAUCUGGUGUUUUCGGGGGAAUGGAGACUGUUGAGAAGCAAAAGGGGAGACAGGCUUGAUUUCUGCUGCUUUCUGGAGUCCAGGUUCGCUCCUCCCUGAGAAGAAAGGAAGUACCUCAGACAGCUCAUGUUCAUUUCCCAAACCAGUUGCUGGUAAUCAAGCCUAUUUUGUGUCACUCCUUCCUUUAUCUCUUCUCCUCCCCCAUUUCCACCAAAAUAUCCUUUAGGCUAUUUUGGCAAAAACUGCCCAAUAAAGUAAAGCCUUUCAAAUGCCUAGGGAAAGAAGGGAAGAAGUGAAAGUGUUUUAUCUUUUUUGCACGCCAGAACUGUGAAAGCUUCCCAGCAUUGUGCUGGUAAUCAACAUUUUGGGUAGCUGAAAACAAUACGGUUCAACUAACUUUUGCUAGGGCUUUGCUUCGUGUUAACUCUUUCCCCACUGAUGUGUUCAGGUAGCUGAGAAAGGAGUCUUGGACCUCCCUGUCCUCCCCCCCCCCCCCUGCCCUAACCAGGUGACCUUGUAACAAACUAAUAUCCAGUUCAGAAAGAAAGGAGUGACAAUAAUAAUAAUAAUAGUACAAACAAGGUCCAGCUCUUUUGGCUUGAAUAGUACUUUAACCAAAUAUAAUCCUGUCGUUCAUUACAGAUAAUAUCGAUGAUGCAAGCGCUGAUCGAGGAGACUUUCAGUUUAACAGCAGUACAGCAAAGAAUUCCAAGGCAGUAAGAGAUGCUGAAGCAGCUGAGAUGGGGCAGGUUCUGCAGGGUAUGAGAAGUCUCGCACUGGGAAUACAGGAUGAACAGAACAGGCAGCUUCGACAAUUGGACCUGCUAUCAGAUUCUGUUGAUAAAGCCAAUGAGAGAGUACGUACUGAUUCUCGCAAGAUUUCAAAACUCACCUGACUUGAACAUCUACUCAAAAGCUUGUACUUUUUGUUGAAUGCUGGGAGUAUCAUAAUGAUUUACAUUAUUAACCUUUGUCAGUUGGGUCUGGUUAUAACACAGGUAACCCAGGCUCUGUGAUAGUACCACAGUACAGUUCCAGUGAAAUUACAGUGUUUGUAU